UCGUUCGUUGUGAAAAGAAAUUAGGGCAACUACUCCAAUCUUUACAAACGUAACAUUCUCAAAUGGUCCACUACAUCAUUCCCGAUCCAUUAGCCCCUAAACGACGCAGUUUAUUCCCAUACUCUCUCAAAUAUCUAAACCAAACCAAACCCAACUAAUUCAAAACAUACCUCACUCUCACCAUCUCCAAUCAAUGUCUUCACCUUCUCGCGCCUCCACCACCGUCUUCCCCACGCGCCGCCCAUGGCGCGAGCUAAUCCAACUCUCCUCCUUCUCCCGCCCCUACUCCGCCGGCGAAGCCAAAACACGAUUAAACCGCAACAUUAGCUACUUCCGAGUCAAUUACACAAUAAUAAUCCUCUUAAUUCUAUUCCUCAGCCUAUUAUGGCAUCCUAAAUCAAUGGUCGUAUUCUUAAUUAUCUUCAUCGGCUGGUUUUUUCUAUACUUUUAUCGCGAUCAGCCUCUGAUCGUUUUCAACCGUCCGAUUGAUGAUCGUGUGGUUCUCGGAGUUCUUGGAGCGGUUACUAUUGUGGGGCUGGUUUUAACGUCUGUGUGGUUAAAUGUUUUGGUUUCGGUGGUGAUCGGAGUGUUGAUCGUUGGUUUGCAUGGUGUUAUUAGAGGUACGGAAGAUUUGUAUGUUGAUGAACAAGAUUUUGGCGACGGUGGGUUGUUUUCUGUUGUGGGUAGUCCUACUAGAACUGGGUACACUCAUAUUUAAAAUUUUGAUUUGAUUAUUAAAUGUUAAUUAUAUUUUUCUGUAAUUGUUUUUGCGUGAUUUUUAUUGCUAAUAAUAUUUACGUCUGUAAAUUGUUUAGUGUCAA